AUGAGGAAACUCAAGGGUGAAUGCUCUACACCGUGCUUAUUUUUCGGUGAUUUUAAUGAGAUCAGUAGCUCUUUAGAGAAGGAAGGGGGAGCUAUGAGGAGAGAGUGUCUAAUGCAGAAUUUCCGUGAUGCCAUUGAAGAUUGCAAUUUAAGAGAUAUGGGAUUUAAAGGUUGUGCUUAUACAUGGCAGCGGGGUAGGACAGUAGAAACGGUCAUUCGGGAAAGGCUAGAUAGAUUUCUGGGUGAUGAAGCGUGGUGCAAUAUGUUUCCCCAGGCUGAAGUUAAGCAUAUGGUGAGAAUAGCUUCUGACCAUGCACCCAUUAUGAUGUCCACAACUAUGAUUUUUGAUCGUGGAAAGAAGAGCAGGCCUUUCAGAUUUGAAGCGUGGUGGCUAUCUAGCAGUGAAUGUACUGAAGUGGUGGAGAAGACUUGGAGGGAAAAUGCUGAUGCUAUGCCACACGAAAAGGUGGCUUGGUGCGCAAGUUCUCUUAAGUCUUGGGCUCAGAAGAAAUUCGGGGAUAUCAGGAAGAGGCUGAGGGACUGUGAGAAGGAAUUAAAAGAGGUGCAGGGAGGAAUAUUGGAUGGCUUCCUACUUGAAAAAUGUGAAAGGCUCUGA